CAUAUGCCCAAGUUGAGCCACGACAUGAAAAGCCAGCCAUCACCCAUUACCCGGCCUGGAACCGGCGACCGGAGCCGGAGUCCACGAUCUCCCGGUGUCAUUGUCAUUCGGCGACCACGAAAAAGCCCCACGACUUUGAGCAGGAGAUCCCGUCGGGUAACACCCGGUCGUCUAUCGUUGUCCACCUACACUAGUGUCCAUGCCUAGCCACCCGGGGCAGGGCUUCCCAGGACGAUGGAGAAAGAAAAAAAAAAGAAGAAGAAAAGGUAAUGACGAUGAAUUGACCAGGCUCGAUACCAACACGAAUAACAUGCCAUGCCAUCCAUCGGAUCAUUGUCAGAUGGCAUCAGUCGUAACCGAUAACCGACAACAGACAGAGACAAGAACACAGCGGGAUGAGACCAAACGAAACCUCCAAAGGAUUAUGGAGCCCGCUAAUGCAUGCUCUAAAGGCCAGCCUAGACUUUUUUCGACCUGGUCUUGGAGCAAAUGGAGCAUGGUGCAGAGUCUUUGGUCGUCUCAGGUCCUGCUGGCUGGUCUGCCCCGGCUAACUGCUGCUGCUGCUAGUCUCAAGACGUUACCUACCAUUCGACAAUGUCCUCGUGAUUCAAAAACACCAUGAGUGAAUUCCGCCCCAGUUCCGUUCAUUCCGUCCAUUCCCCGGGCCUAUCAAGAGGCUUUACACUGCGUGCUAGAGCGCAUUUAGCUCGUCGAUUGAAUGCGGGGCUAGUGUAGUGUAAUGCCAGGGCAAGGAGUAGCUGAGAUGUGCCAUCUACACGUUCAGU